ACCCUGUGUUAUAUCGAUUCUCUCUUGGAUCUGUUGGGUGUGGCUGGCUGGGACUGUCAUGGCUGCGACCAGGGAGAAAGCGCAAAACAAAAGCUGUUGCUGUUACUGUUACAGUGUUCGUUUUAUUUCAUUUGAAAUUUAGAAUCUCGUGUUCAGUAUUUCUGGAAUGGAGAAGAAGAAGUUUAACAUCCCUUUGGAAGAUUCUAUUUAUACCAAAGAACCAACACCGGUAAAGUCUUUAUUUAAGUCCUCAAAAAGCAAUGACGAUGACACCUCUGUGUCCAAAAAGUCAGCCCAGUCCACAAUGGUCCCUGAUGGCCAACCACUGUCAUACAGUGAGUUCAUUGUCCAGGGAAAGGUCCCCCCUCUGUCUCUGGGAGUGCUGGAACCCCACAAAAUAGAGACAGGGGAAAGAGGGACGCAUGGUGGUGGUGGUGAGGGGAAACGGAACAAAGAGCCUUCUGGGAGAGAAACGGGGAAUGAUGGAACUGCGACUGUUCGAGAGAGGAGCCCUGGAGCCAAGGCUGCUCAUAUUGAGAAACAGGAAGUCAGGGCUACUCUGGAAGGAAACCAGAGAGCAGGCACUCUGUCAGAAGGGAAGUGGGACACCCAGAGGGAGGGGAUGGUCUCCAGCAGUAUCCCAAAGCCACUCGGAACUGGAAACAGCAUCCUUGUCAGCCCCAGACAGAGAGGUAACCCAUUGCUCAAGUUUGUGAGAAAUGUCCCCUGGGAGUUUGGAGAUGUUGUUCCUGAUUACAUUUUGGGGCAAACAACAUGUGCUCUGUUCCUCAGUCUAAGGUACCACAACCUAAACCCAAAUUACAUCCACGAUCGCCUGAAACAGUUGGGGCAGACAUUUUCACUGAGAGUUUUGCUAGUGCAGGUGGAUGUGAAAGACCCUCACCACUGUCUAAAGGACCUGGCUCGGAUCUGUAUUAUGGCAGACUGUACUCUAAUUCUUGCUUGGAGUCCCGAGGAGGCCGGCAGGUAUCUUGAGACCUACAAAUCAUACGAGAAGAAACCAGCGGACCUAUUAAAGGAGCGAGUCGAACAGGACUUCCUGUCUAUGGUGACUGAUUGUUUGACAACCGUCAAGUCAGUAAAUAAGACGGACACAUUAACUCUUCUGGCAACAUUUUCUUCUUUGGAAGGUAUUAUCAAAGCAUCCAAAGAAGACCUCACUCUCUGUCCUGGUCUGGGACCACAGAAGGCUCAACGUCUCCAUGAUGUGUUACACCAACCCUUCCUCAAAUCAAAGAAGCACAAAUUGGAGAAAAAGACAGAAACAUAAGAGCUAUCUGGACAUUCUUAUUGUUUUUGCUGAAGAGUACCAUGAAAUUGUGCCAUCAUAAGGUUUGCCAUUGCAAAGUGAAACACUGAGGGUAAAACAAGGGGCAGCCACAUUGUAAACACAGGCUCAGGAUAUGUAUUUUUGUUAAUAUUGGCAACUUGAAUUUUCAUGACACUUGCAAGAUGUUUUUUUUUUUGUGGUAUACAUUUUCAAUUUCUCAUUUUCAAGGAGCAGCUGACAAUAAGUUGACAAAUUAAAAGACUUUCUAAAAAUAAAUCAAUAAAAUACACCAGGUAAAUAACAGUCCAUAAAGAAGUAACAAGCCUAUCUUCCAUUUAUUACAAAAGAUAGGUGAAAACAGUUCACUGUGAACUACAUCUUCAUUAUAUGAAUUAGAAUUACAGAUAUCAAGCCAGCGUUGUCUCCUGUAGACUUGAAAUAAGUAAAUUUUGAGCUGUACAGAGCCUUUAGAAGUUGUCUGCCUGCCUAUUUUAUUUACAAAAAAAAAAAAUUUAAAGCAGGUUCUUGAAGUAACAUAUUUUCUACACAAAACAUACAUUUUUAAAAUGAAAUUUCUUUAAAUAAACGCAAUAUUUUCUUUUCUACUUUAAA